CUGAACUUCAAGUUUUCAAAGCCAUCUCUCUCUCUCUCUCUCUCUCUCUCUCUCUCGCUAGCAAAGGAAAAAAAAAAUGGCUUCAGCCUCAUCUUUAAACUCUAAAUCCAACUACCAUAUUCGUUCGAUCAGCUUGCCUUCAAAACCACACCCGCUAUUUCAACAAUGUGAAGAUCAUUUGUUGAGAAUAGCAGCUUCUGAUGUCUCCUCUUCGUUUUCAUCAUCAUCGAUAAGCCACAGAUUGAGUAGCCUUUUGGAUUUGCACAACUGUGUGAAUGAGUUGUUUCAGUUGCCCCUCACCCAAGAAGCUUUUGUCCGGGAGCAAAAUGAGAAAUGGGUGGAUGAGCUUUUGGAUGGUUCUCUUAGGCUCUUGGAUGUGUGUACAGCAGCCAAAGAUGCCUUGAUACACACAAAGGAAUGCGUACGUGAAAUUCAAUCGAUCAUGCGCAGAAGAAGGGGAGGCAUAAGCGGGUUCACUAACGAGGUUAGGAAAUACUCAGCCUCAAGGAAGGUGGUCAAGAAGGCUAUCUGCAAGGCCCUGGGGACUUUGAGGAGUUCUCAGAAGAAAGGCACCUUCUCUUCCACGAACAAAGACAAUGUAGCCGUGGCCUUAAUUGGCGCGUUGAGAGAGGUUGAAGCAGUCACUCUCACAGUGUUCGAGUCCCUUUUGUCCUUCAUCUCCGGAGCAAAGUCACAAUCAAAGAUGAGUGGCUGGUCUUUCGUUUCAAAGCUUAUGCUUACCAAAAAGGUUGCUUGUGAUGAAGAAGAUCAAGCCGAUUUAAAUGAGUUUGCUGAUGUAGAUGCUGCACUGAACUCCCUUUUAUGUCAAGAGGCAGGCAAAUCUGACAACGUGGUCGACAGUGAGAAUGUGCAAAGAGAGCUGCAACAAUUGGAACUGUGCAGUCAGGAUCUUGAAGAAGGACUCGAAGGUCUGUUCAGGCGAUUAAUCAAAAAUAGAGUUUCCCUUCUUAAUACUCUCAGCAACUAAUUGUAAAACUUUGGCUGCACUAUCAUGAAUAUCCAGAUUUUUGUUGCCCUAGA